UAUCUCAAACUCUGAAGUCUCACCAAGUUGUAAUUUCCCUCUCUCUCCUCCCUCGUUUCUCUCUUGUUUUAUUUCCAAGUCCAAAACACUUGUUUGUUGUUUCGCAAUUCGCAAGCGCAUCUCUUUGCUAGUGCUAGUGUGCUACCCCUUCUUCUUGCCAUAGCCGGCCACUUGCUAAACCUCAAACCAACACCAUGCGCGCGCACAACCUGCCAUCUCUCUAAUCUCAACUCAAGCUUAAUUUCGCUUCUAUCGCCCCCAAUUUUCACCACUUUCUUCAAUUUUACAGAUCUAGGGUUUCAAUGGAUACUACCGUAGAUCUUAAAAACUGCGUUGAACGACGUCGUGUUAGAGAUAGAGACCGUGAUAGGGAGAGAGAGUUGGGAUUAGUUUCUGUUGGUUGUUCUCGGGAGCAUCAGCGGGUUAAAGUCUAUCGUCUGAACGAGGAGGGCAAGUGGGAGGAUCAGGGAACUGGCCAUGUCACUGUUGAUUAUGUGGAGAGGUCAGAAGAUCUUGCUUUGUUUGUCAUUGAUGAAGAGGAUAAUGAAACCUUGUUGUUGCACCGAAUCACCCCAGAGGACAUCUACAGGAAACAAGAAGAUACAAUUAUUUCCUGGAGAGAUCCAGAAUAUUCUACUGAAUUAGCCCUUAGCUUCCAGGAAAACGCUGGAUGUUCUUAUAUUUGGGACCAGAUAUGCAGUGUGCAAAGGAAUAUACAUUUUACUACACUUAACCAUGAUACAUUCCACAGUGUGAACAGUGAGUUACGGGAGCUGCCUGCUGUGGAGUUAUCAACACUCCCUUUAAUAUUGAAGAUUGUGGUAGAGAGUGGCAUUACUGAUCAAAUGCGCAUGACAGAACUUAUAUUGCAUGAUCAAGAGUUUUUCAGGAAGCUGAUGAACCUGUUUAGGAUUUCUGAGGACCUUGAAAAUCUUGACAGCCUACAUAUCAUUUAUAAAAUUGUCAGAGGGAUCUUAAUGCUCAAUAGUCCACAGAUCUUUGAGAAGGUUUUUGGAGAUGAAUUCAUCAUGGAUAUGAUUGGGAGUCUUGAGUAUGAUCCUGAUGUCUCUCAUGUUCGACAUCGAGAUUUUUUGAAGGAGCAUGUGUUUUUUAAGGAGGCCAUACCAAUUAAAGAUCCCAUGGUCUUGUCGAAGAUACACCAAACAUAUAGAAUUGGUUAUCUGAAGGAUGUGGUUUUGCCCAGAGUAUUGGAUGAUGCGACUGUGGCAAGUUUAAAUUCCAUAGUACAUGCAAAUAAUGGUGUUGUAGUUUCAUUAUUGAAGGAAGACAACACUUUCAUCCAGGAAUUGUUCUCAAGGUUAAAAUCACCUAGCACAUCCAUGGAGUCCAAGAAGAAUCUGGUUUAUUUUUUGCACGAGUUUUGCACUUUAAGCAAGAGUUUACAGAUGGUUCAGCAGCUUCGAUUUUUUAGGGAUCUUGUAAAUGAAGGCCUUUUUGACAUCAUAAGUGACAUUCUGCAGAGUGAAGACAAACGACUUGUCUUGACCGGGACAGAUAUCAUUAUUCUUUUCUUAAAUCAGGAUCCAAACCUUUUGCGGGCUUAUGUUGUCCGACCUGAAGGAACUCCUCUUCUUGGUCUCCUGGUGCAAGGUAUGCUUACCGACUUUGGGGAUGAUAUGCAAUGCCAGUUUCUUGAAAUUCUCCGCACUUUGUUAGAUUCGUUCACAUUGUCAGGAGCGCAGAGAGAUACUAUAAUUGAGAUAUUUUAUGAGAGGCAUUUGGGGCAGUUGAUUGAUGUCAUAACAUCUUCUUGCUCGGGGGGAGGCAAGAAUUCUGCAAAAUCUGGUGGAGAAACGGUUGUUAAACAUAAUUACACUAAGCCAGAGAUUUUAUUGAGCAUAUGCGAGUUAUUGUGCUUUUGCGUUGUGCACCAUCCAUACAGAAUAAAGUGCAGCUUCCUGCUUAACAAUUCAAUGGAUAAAGUCUUAUAUUUGACAAAGAGAAGAGAGAAGUACCUAGUAGUUGCCGCAGUCAGAUUUGUUCGCACGGUUAUAUCUCGUAAUGAUGAAAAUCUGAAUAAUUAUAUAAUGAGGCGCAAUCUUCUUAAACCAAUUGUGGAUGCAUUUGUUGCAAAUGGUGAUCGAUAUAACUUGCUCAAUUCUGCAAUUUUGGAGCUCUUUGAGUACAUUCGGAAGGAAAGCGUAAAACCAUUGCUUAAGUAUUUGGUGGAGUCAUUUUGGAGUCAGCUAAGCAAGUUUGAAAACAUGGCAUCUAUUCAGUCUUUAAGUGUCAAAUAUGAGCAGUCUUUGGAGAUCAUUGGAACAAAAUCUGCUGUUAAUAUGGACACCAGAAAACGGGUUGAAGAUCGUGCAUUGGAAAAGGAAGAAGAAGAUUACUUCAAUGAGGAUAGUGAUGAAGAAGACACAGCAUCAGCUUCAAUGUCGCAUAAUCGAAGAGUACAAGCCCAUCCAAUUUCAUCUAAUGGUUCUGAUCCUAGCUGCACAACAUUAAGCUCUAGAUCUGGUGGACUAGUGGAUUAUGAUGAUGAUGAGGAUGAUGAAGAUUACAAACCUCCACCUCGAAGACAAACAGAUGUUGAUGGGGAUGAAGGUACUCUAGAUUCUCUAAGUGUGAAGAGGAAAAUAGCUGCUAAGGAGGAGCCUGGAUUAGUCAAGAAGCAACGACUUGAUAAAAAUUCUAAACAAAAAGAGGGUGUCUUUGCUGCCUUGUGCUCUACUCUUAGCCAGGCAGUUCUACCCAACAAAAAAGCUUCUACGAAGAAAACAGUGGACAAGAACAACCAUCAAGAGAAAGAAGCGGAAGUAGUUAGUAAUCACGUUGAUGAGAACAUUUCAGGUGAUGACAACGGAAGUGAAGAGAACAUUGCAUCUCAAAAAUGUUCUGAUACCUCGUCCAAAAGUAGAGAUAAUGGACAGUUAGAAGGGGAAGAACAUCCACCUUUACCACCAAAUUCUUCAUCGGAGAUGACGGUAAAUGGAUCUUGAUUUUAUCAGGGGAUGUUGAAUUUCUAGCGGAAUUACUACCAGAUAGCAAUUGCUUUAUGUUUCUAAGCCAAAUGGCCAUCUGUUCCUUGAUCUUACGAGGACAAUCACACCCCUAUCAGAGAGCAGAUUUAUCAGGUGAGGUAAGUGAAUGAUGUGCUAUUGGGUUCAUAUUUGAAUAUAUAGGAAGAGGCGAUAUUGUACAGAGCUAUAACAAAGACCGUCAGAUCACAACAAAGAACGUAUUGGUCUCUCAGGCAUUGGCCUCCUGAUAUGUGUCUCGAGCAUAUACAAAUUGCCUCUGUAAAAACUUGCUUAGCAUUGAUGUUCCCCGAGUAAAAGAAAAGGUGGGAUCUGUAAAACUCAAUUUAGUCCCAAUCUACUUGGUUUUUGGCAAGCUCUCCUACAUUUCCAUUAUCCUGGCAAUGAUAAACGGUCUGAUAGAUAGAUUGGCAAUUAAUGGGUAGCCCAUCGUAUAGUCUGCUUAUCAGUGUUGCAAUUUUUAUGGAGAUCCCUGUAAUAUAAAGGUGUUAGCGAGUAGUGACCAUCAUUCCGGACAUUAAUUCAUCUGCUCAAUAGAUGCUUCUUGUACAUUAUUUAUAGUACUUCGCUGUUGUAUGAUGGCCUCCCUUGUUUGAUUUA